CACGGCUUCAUCAAGCUUUGACCUCUCUCUCCGCAAGCUUCUGCAGUAUGAACGGUGAUGGGUGGUGUUACUGAUUGUUUGACGGCAACGACUACCCUUUACUGAAGUUCCGAUCACCACUGGCGAUGACCCCUUAUCAAAUUUGCGAUCUUUCUCUCGAUUAAACUCUUUGUCCAUGGAGGAUACAAAUACGGAGUUACUUUCUCGGGUUGCGGCUAAUCAUCUCAUCUUAGCACAAUUUGAGUCCUUCCGGGCAAUCAUUAGCACUCUCCGCGUCAGACAACCAAACCUCGCACGAGCCAUUCUACAGAAUGUCGUUGCUAAUUCCGGAAAAUUGGAUAGUGUCCUCUGGUCGGAGUCUUGCCCUUCUCCCGCUCUACUCGCGUAUUUGUCAUGUAUCGAGCUCCUCCAGUUCGACGACCCAUCAUCUAUAUGGAGUUUCGAUCCUCACACGUUGCGUCUGCGCGUUGAGUUAUUGCUAUACGUUGAAAUGAUUACUUCCAGGGUUUCUGAGAGCCUUCAUAACGCUGUUGAUUUGGAGGGAAUUGAGAAGGUUGCUGAUAAACUGACUCAAGAAUACUCGCAAACUGAACUUUUAACUAGAAACGAGGAGUUGAAAGAGUUAGACAAAGAUACUUCAGGGCCAUUAAGAGUCUUGGAUAAGAUAUCAGCUCUGGCGACUUGCAGGCUGAGUCCUGAAUCUGUUGCUGUUGAUGAAGAAGUAGGUAGGGAGUCUUCAUAUGAGGUCGUUUUGGAGGAGUUCGAACUUACAUGUUUGCAAUCAGCUGUAUUGGAGAAUGCAGACAUAUUUGAUGCUUUAUGCAGGAAUAUUCACAGACAAGUCAUGAGUGUCGAACCUGAGGAUCCAGGAUUAGCAAUUACAUUACGAGUUGAAAGGAAGCCAUCAAUCUCUGACGGAGCUAAAAUGCUAAGACUAAUACAGAAGGCUGUUCAGAUUGCACAUUUAGAUGCCAUGAAGGAAGGAUUGAAAAACAAGGAAGAGAAGCAAGUCUUGUCUCAUAUCCGGUUCCUUCAUAUGGACUAUGGAGUGGAAGAGGCCAAAUACCGCACGGUCUUGCGUGAUAUCGUGAAGAGAAUAGUGCUGAGAAAGGCUGAAUAUGGAGAUACCUGGAUUGCAAUGAGAGAGAAGUUAUUGUUUAUUUAUGGAGAAGCUAUUUCAUCAAACUGCUCACUUCUUGUUCAAAUGAUCCAGGAUAUCCAGGAUGAUGUGCUUUCUGAAGAGAUUAACAUGCAUAGAGCAGCAGAUAAUGAGCAAAUUCCUCCUCCACUCGCACGUCUUCUAAGUCUUGCUACAAACAUGGAGCAUGGGAGAGAUUCAGUUGACAUAACUGCCCUGUUGAAAGAGGCAGUUUCUUAUUGCACAAGAGAAAUGUACCAUUAUGCCAGGGUUUCUGGAGUGCAUAUACUAGAUAGUGUCAUGGACACUGCUCUCUCUGCUAUUAAGAAAGGACAACUUCAAGACGCUAGCAUUGUUCUUUCGCUCUUUCCACGGCUUCAACCUCUGGUUGCUGCCUUGGGUUGGGAUGUAUUGUCUGGGAAAACAUCUGCUAGGAGGCAGCUAAUGCAACUUCUUUGGACAAGCAAGUCACAGGUCUUACAGCUGGAAGUGUCUUCUUUAUAUGGAAAUCAACAGGAUGAGGUCUCCUGCAUUGAACAUCUUUGUGAUUAUUUAUGCUAUCAGCUGGAUCUUGCAUCUUUUGUCGCCCAUGUCAAUUCUGGUCUAGACUGGUCCUUAAAAUCUUCUUUGCUAAUGUAUCGCAAAGAAUCAAUUGGGUUCUCAAGUGAGGAUGCUGACAUGGAUCCAUUUGUUGAGAAUUUUGUGCUGGAAAGAUUAUCUGUUCAAAGCCCCCUACGGGUUUUAUUUGAUGUAGUUCCAAACAUAAAAUUUAAAGACGCAAUUGAACUGAUUAGCAUGCAACCAAUUAAUUCCAAGAUGGCUGCAUGGUGGAGGAUGCAGGAUAUUGAACUAAUUCACAUGCGUUAUGCACUUGAAUAUGCUGUCCUUGCUUUGGGAUCUAUGGAGAAGAGUAUGAUUGAUGAAAUGGGGUAUGGUAGUAAAAAAGCAUUGCAGCAUCUGAAGAGUCUAGGAAACCAUCUGGAAGCUAUUAUUACCCUCCCUCGCAAGGUGUUGAUGUUGAAUGUUGUCAUCUCGCUAUUGCAUAUGGAUGAUCUUUUUCCUACCUUUUCUCAUUGUGCACUUAUUAGCCAUCCAGAAUUGUCCAAAGAUUCUACCGGGGAGGAAACUGAUGGUGCAAGUAGUGGAGGAGGAAACAAGAUGGCUGUGUCUUUCAUACGUUUGCUGCUUGAUAUAUUGCACCAGAAUUUACCACUUAGUGUAUUUGAACAACAGAAUCCUGGCCCUAUCCCAUCUGACGGGAUCCAAGUAAUGGAAUGGAGAGUAUCUAAGGCUAGAAGCUUUAUUGAAGAUUGGAGGUGGCGUUUGUCAAUUUUGCAGCGCCUUUUGCCAUUAUCUGAACACCAAUGGAGAUGGAAAGAAGCAUUGGCUAUCUUACGAGCAGCUCCCUCCCAGCUACUUAACGUUUGCAUGCAAAGGGCAGAGUAUGACAUUGGAGAAGAGGCUGUACUUCGUUUUGGCUUACCUCCGGAAGACCGAGCAGCCCUUGAAUUAACUGAAUGGGUAGACAGUGCCUUCAAAAGAAUUUCUGAGGAGGACGUUGUCACAAGAGCAGUUGAUGAUAAUUCUUCUGUCCAAGAAUUAGAUAUUUCUUCCUUGCGCUCACAGCUAGGUCCUUUGGGUGCUAUUCUUUUAUGCAUUGACGUUGCUGCAACUUCAGCAAAAUCGACUACUGUGUGCCUGAAACUUCUAAAUCAGGCUCAGGUUAUGCUGUCACAAAUAUAUCCUGGUGCUCCUCCAAAACUAGGCCCAUCUUACUGGGAUCAAAUACUUCAACAUGUGACUAUUUCUGUGACAAUGCGAAUUCUCAAAACUUUACAUGAAUUGGCUGAACAGGAUAAAUCUCCGCCACUUCAAAGCAUUUUAUCUGGGGGAUUUCUAACUUAUUUGCCAAAGGACCUGUAUCGACAAGUACAUAGGGAGCGAGCACUUGGUAUACUACAACAAAUGAUUGAAGAUGCUCACAAGGGGAAGAGGCAAUUUCUAACUGGUAAACUUCACAAUCUUGCGAGGGCUAUUGCUGAUGAAGAAACUGAGAGAGAUCAUAUGAAGGGGGAAGGCUUAUAUUUUGAUAAGGAUCGUAUUCUUGGGCUGGGUUUAAAAAUUGGUACGCAAAAAUCUAACACUGGAUGUAAUGAAAAUAGCAUGCAGCUUGGUGACUAUGAUGCAAAAGAUACAGGGAAGAGAUUGUUCAACCCCUUAACUGGGAAGCCAACAACAUAUCUUUCACAAUUUAUCCUCCACAUUGCUGCUAUUGGCGACAUAGUUGAUGGGACUGAUACAACACAUGAUUUCAACUACUUCUCGCUGGUAUUUGAGCGGCCAAAAGAUCUUUUAACUCGGCUUGUCUUUGAAAGAGGCAGCACCGACGCAGCUGGAAAAGUAGCAGAAAUUAUGUGUGCUGAUUUUGUUCAAGAAGUAAUUUCAGCAUGUGUACCCCCUGUUUAUCCCCCUCGGUCUGGACAUGGUUGGGCUAGCAUUCCUGUAAUUCCUACUUCUCCUACGACUUUUUCAGAAAGCAAAGCACUCUCACCUUCCUCAAGAGGCACCAAGCCUAACUCUUUAAGUGGGUCUUCAAAAAUGGCAGGAGUUCCUUUGUACCCUCUUGAGCUGGAUAUAGUUAAGCAUCUGGUUAAACUAUCUCCAGUCAGGACUGUUUUGGCAUGUGUGUUUGGCAGUCGUAUUUUAUACAGUGGAAGUGACUCUGCCAUUAGCAGUACCCUAACACAAAUACAACCUGAUGAUGACAGGUUGUUUUAUGAGUUCGCUCUUGACCAAUCUGAGAGGUUCCCAACUUUGAACCGUUGGAUACAAAUGCAAACCAACCUUCACAGAGUUUCAGAGUUUGCUGUAAUGGCUGAUGAUGCAGUACGUGACCAUGGUAUAGUUAAGCCUGGGAAAAGAACUGGCAUCAAGCGUUUUCAUGAACAUGAUAGUGAUACUGAGUCUGGAGUAGAAGAUAUCAAUGCGAGUAUUAGCACAUAUAUAGCUUUGCCAGAUCUCAAGAAUUCUUCUAGUGUAUCUUCUGACCAUUGGCAUGAAACAUCAAACUCAGAGCUUCCAGGUUUCGAUGCUAAGGUCUUCCUUUCAUUUGAUUGGGAGAAUGAGGUGCCCUGUGUAAAAGCUGUUGACAGAUUAAUAGAAGAGGGAAAAUUGAUGGAUGCCCUUGCUCUUUCUGAUCGAUGCUUACGUAACGGAGCAUCAGAUAAGUUACUUCAACUUCUCAUUGAACGAGGAGAAGAGAAUGAUAAUACCAGUUUACAAUCUCGUGGAUUUGGUGAUCAUGGCUUGUGGAGCAAUAGUUGGCAGUAUUGUCUACGCCUGAAGAAGAAGCAGCUUGCAGCCAGAUUGGCUCUCAAAUAUUUGCACAAAUGGGAGCUGGAUGCUGCUCUGGAUGUUCUCACUAUGUGCAGCUGCCAUUUGCCUGAAAGUGAUCCACAUAAGUAUGAGGUUGGGCAAAUGAGGCAAGCUCUCCUUAGGUACAAGCAUAUUUUAUCUGCAGAUAAUCGUUACAAUAGCUGGCAAGAGGUUGAAGCAGAGUGUAAGGAUGAUCCUGAAGGUCUAGCCCUUAGAUUAGCUGGAAAAGGAGCUGUUUCUGCUGCUCUUGAAGUGGCUGAAAGUGCAGGAUUAUCUGUAGAACUGCGUAGGGAGUUACAAGGUCGUCAACUUGUGAAACUUCUUACUGCAGACCCUCUGAAUGGUGGAGGGCCAGCUGAAGCUUCACGCUUUCUUUCUUGCUUGCGUGAUACUGAAGAUGCUUUUCCUGUAGCCAUGGGUGCAAUGCAGCUGUUACCUAACCUGCGGUCAAAACAACUUCUUGUUCACUUCUUCCUGAAAAGAAGCGGUGGUAACCUGUCAGAUGCUGAGAUUUCUCGGCUUAACUCAUGGGCUUUGGGUCUUAAUUUGUUGGCCGCCUUGCCAUUCCCAUGGCAGCAGAAAUGUUCUUCCUUACAUGAGCAUCCUCAUUUGAUUUUGGAAGUGUUGUUAAUGAGAAAACAAUUGCAAUCAGCCUCUCUGAUACUUAAAGAAUUCCCAUUCCUAAGAAACAACAGCGUGAUUCUCACUUAUGCAGCUAAGGCUAUUGCUACAAGUAUCAUUUCCCCUUCUAGGGAGACUCGUAUUCCAGUGUCAGGUCCAAGAGCGAGGCAAAAGACCAAGACAGGUGCGCCCUCCAGGUCAUCCUUUUCGAACAGUCUAAGUAACCUGCAUAAAGAAGCACGCAGGGCUUUUUCCUGGACACCUCGUAAUACUGGAGAUAAAGCUGCUCCAAAGGAAUCUUACCGAAAAAGGAAAAGUUCUGGAUUAGCACCAUCUGAAGCAGUUGCUUGGGAAGCAAUGGCUGGUAUCCAGGAAGACCGAGUCUCGACAUAUGCUGCUGAUGGACAAGAACGUCUUCCUCCAGUUUCAAUUGCUGAAGAAUUGAUGCUCACAGGUGAUCAAAAUAAGGAUGACGCAAUUCGUUCCUCCCAUAGAUAUGAAAGCACUCCUGAUAUCAUUCUCUUUAAGGCACUUCUUCAAUUGUGCUCUGAUGAAUCAGUAUCAGGAAAAGCUGCAUUGGACUUGUGCAUUAAUCAAAUGAAGAGUGUUUUAAACUCCCAACAGCUUCCUCAUAAUGCCUCAAUGGAAUCAAUUGGUCGUGCAUAUCAUGCUACGGAAACAUUUGUUCAAGGUCUACAUUUUGCAAAAGCUCAAUUGAGAAAGCUUGCUGGAGGAAGUGACUUGUCUAGUAAUUCUGAAAGAAGUAGAGAUGCUGACGAUGCAUCCUCUGAUGCUGGCAGCUCUAGCGUGGGUAGCCAGUCUACUGAUGAGAUGUCUGAAGUCCUAAUGCAAGCAGAUAUUUGGUUAGGACGAGCUGAGCUGCUGCAAAGUCUUCUUGGUUCAGGAAUUGCUGCUUCUCUUGAUGAUAUUGCUGAUCAAGAGUCAUCUGCUCGACUUCGGGAUAGACUGAUUGUAGAUGAACGCUAUAGCAUGGCUGUGUAUACAUGUAAAAAGUGUAAGAUUGAUGUUUUCCCUGUCUGGAAUGCAUGGGGGCAUGCAUUAAUUCGGAUGGAGCACUAUGCACAAGCUCGUGUAAAGUUUAAGCAAGCUCUUCAAUUGUAUAAGGGUGAUACAUCAUCAGUGAUUCUUGAUAUUAUCAAUACAAUAGAAGGAGCUCCACCUAUAGAUGUUUCAGCUGUUCGUUCCAUGUAUGAACACUUGGCUAAAAGUGCUCCAGCAAUUAUGGACGACUCACUCUCUGCUGAUUCAUAUCUUAAUGUUCUAUACAUGCCAUCAACAUUUCCACGCUCUGAAAGAUCAAGACAUUUUGUGGAAUCUGCUGGUGAUGAUCCCUUGCAUGGUAAUGACCUUGAAGAUGGACCUAGAAGUAACCUGGACAGCAUGCGAUACCUUGAAUGUGUUAGUUAUUUACAAGAGUAUGCAUGCCAGCAUUUGCUUGCAUUUAUGUUUAGACAUGGCCAUUACAAGGAUGCUUGCCAGUUGUUUUUUCCUCCAAAUUCUGUUCCAUCACCGCCUCCACCAUCUUCACUUGGGAUGGCAACUUCUUCAUCUUCCCCUCAAAGACCAGAUCCACUGGCUACAGAUUAUGGGGCUAUUGAUGAUCUAUGUGAUCUGUGCAUUGGAUAUGGUGCCAUGCCCGUGUUGGAAGAAGUGAUAUCAACUAGAAUAUCAUCUGCAGGCUCAGAGGAUUCAGGAGUCGAUCAAUAUACAGCUGGAGCACUUGCUCGCAUUUGCAUCUACUGUGAAAACCAUAAGCAUUUCAAUUAUCUGUACCUGUUUCAGGUUAUCAAGAAGGACCACGUUGCUGCUGGCCUUUGCUGCAUUCAGUUGUUCAUGAACUCUUCUUCACUGGAUGAGGCGAUAAAACAUUUGGAGCAUGCCAAGAUGCAUUUUGAUGAAGGAUUGUCAGCAAGAUAUAGAGUUGGGGAUUUGACUAGGGUAGUAACUAAGGGAAGUCGCGGAAAAAGUGCAUCUGAAAAGCUUACUGAAGAAGGACUGGUCAAGUUCUCUGCUCGGGUGGCUAUCCAGGUGGAUGUUGUAAAAUCCUUUAAUGACAUGGAUGGUCCACAAUGGAAAUAUUCACUUUUUGGUAAUCCAAACGAUCCUGAAACUUCCAGGAGAAGAUCUAAAAUUGCAGAGACUCUUACUGAGAAAUUUUUUGAUUUGGCCUUCCAAGUUAUCUAUGAGUUCAGUCUUCCUGCUGUUGAUAUAUAUGCUGGUGUUGCUGCUUCACUUGCUGAGAGGAAAAGGGGUGGGCAGCUGACUGAAUUUUUUAAGAAUAUUAAAGGAACAAUUGAAGAUGAAGAUUGGGAUCAGGUCCUUGGUGCUGCUAUAAAUGUCUAUGCUAACAAACACAAGGAACGACCGGACCGCCUCAUAGACAUGUUAUCUAGUAGCCACAGGAAAGUUCUAGCAUGUGUAGUUUGUGGUCGUCUGAAAAGCGCCUUUCAAAUAGCUUCGCGAAGUGGAAGUGUUGCCGAUGUUCAAUAUGUUGCACAUCAGGCUUUACACGCAAAUGCACUGCCUGUCCUGGAUAUGUGCAAGCAAUGGCUGGCGCAGUAUAUGUGAUUUGUUAUUUUUCCUCCACAAUUGUGCCAAAUGUUUAUGACUGAAGAAUCUAUGUCAGUUCAGUGGUUGUGAAUGGGGAUACUGAAUGGAAAAUUUUUACAUGAGUUGAUGGAUUGGUUGGGCUAUAAAUAGUGUGGGGGUAUAAUUUCUUCCUAACUUGAUAAUGUGAUAUAGAGCUGUUUUCUAUUUAUUGUUGUUGGAGGUAACGAGGAAAACACAAAAUCAAAUAAUUAAGUUUGGAAACAUCAGCGUGGAUUUUGGCUAUUUUGUUGGGUGUUCAGGAAUAAUUUUAUUCCAAGAACGAAGGCAUCAUUGGUUACCAAGACUAAUCCUGAUUAUUCUUAAAUUCAAUUUGGCUGGCUGCAAGGUUUUACAUGAAGCCUGUUUAUUUAGGUUUGUGAGCAAUGAUUGAGAUAUCAAAGCAAUUCAGUGCUGAGACAAACUGUAUAAGUCUAUUUUGUAGUAUGUUAACAACAUUGUUAGGUUAUUCUGUAAUUUUGCAAGCUAUGUCAUGUAACCUAAACGAAAUAUUCUUUUUUAUUGGAUUAAAAAUGAAAUGAUUUUGCA